UUGGCAGAGCUACGUGGUCCAUCCUUUGCAGGUCUUCACAAGGCAGUCCUUCUCUUUUGUUCACGCUACUCUCCCUUAUAAUAGGAGGUAUUUUGAAGAAGCAGCUAUGGAGAAAGAAAACUCAUCCUACGUUACAAUGUUUACCCUUUCUGGAUUAAAUGAAUCAAGCACAAAUAAAUACAUCUAUUUUUCUUUCACUCUCCUGGGUUAUCUCUUUAUCAUUUGUGUUAAUUUAAUUCUAAUUGUAAUAAUAGCUCUUGAAAAGACACUUCAUGAGCCCAUGUAUUUCUUCCUCUGUAAUCUGAGUGCUAAUGCACUGUAUGGAACUGCUGGUUUCUAUCCUAAACUACUGUUUGAUUUUCUGUCUGAUACGCAUGUCAUCUUGUAUUCUGGGUGCCUUCUACAAAUAUUUGUCAUCUACAGUUUUUCUACGUGUGAAUUAUCAAAUUUAACAGUGAUGGCAUAUGAUAGGUAUGUGGCAAUAUGCAGGCCCCUGGAGUACCAUGCUAUCAUGUCGCCUUUGACGACUGGUAAAUUAAUUCUGUUUUCUUGGAUUUUUCCAUUCUGUUGUGUGUGUAUUGGUACUCUACUGACUUUCAGGUUGCCCUUAUGUGGCUCCCACAUUGAAAAACUAUAUUGUGAUAACUGGUCAAUUGUGAAAUUAUCUUGUGUAGGGACUACUGUUAACAAUGGAUAUGGAUAUGUUAUAAUAUGUCUAUUCUUUGCACAUUUCCUUUUUAUUUUAUUUUCCUACAUGAAAAUAUUCAGAGCGUGCCGGGCAUCUAGUAUAGCAAUGAGUAAAUGUUUGCAGACCUGUUUGCCACAUUUGUUGACCUUGAUCAACUACUGUAUUGCCAUGCUUUUUGAUUUAAUGUACAGUAGAUACGGUUCAAAUGAUAUGCCACAGGUUUUACACAAUCUCCUGUCAGUGGAAUUUCUGAUCGUCCCCCCUGUUUUCAAUCCUGUCAUUUAUGGUUUAAACUUUCAAAAGAUCCGGAACAAAGUCACAAGAAUGUGCAGCAGAAACAAAGUAAUUCACACUUAAUAGAUUCCAGAUGUAGUUGCUACUAUCGCCUUACAUUUGUAAGAAAUCAAAACUUUUAACUGUAUAUUGUUUUCUAUAAUUAAUAGAAUUGUAUUAACUAUUUCAUGAAAGACACACUUUAUUGCAAUGAAAAAUGGAUAGAAAGUUGAGUUGUUUAGUAAGAUAUGUGCUUAUACAUACAGGAUUAUUUAAUUUGUAAUUGACUCAAGAAAGUAACAGAAUCAGGUAAGUUAAAUGGACGCGAUGCACUUUUUCAACUUCAUUGCAAACCUCUUCCUGAACCCUUCUUGGUUUUGUUAAUAUAAACUGAAAUGCUUAUUUAUUAAGGGUCACCCAUUUCUGAGGGUAGCUUCACAUUUUAUAUAGAAAAAUGUAUCAUCAAAGGAAUCAAAUGUACUGCAGGCAUAAGACCAGCUUCUGAUGUAAAAAAAUAAAGCAAUGUUUCAUGUAAUGUAAUGUAUUUUAAACUGAAAUAGUUUAUAUCCAUGCUAAGCACAAGUACAUUACAUGUGUACGAAGCAAAUAGAUAAAUACAUUGUUGGUCUUGUGGUUAAAAACAGUAAUUCCAGUCAGCCUUUCAAAGCAGAUUCCUGUACAGGUUAAUAUGCAUGUUUUAUAAUUUCAGAAACAAUAAAGAGAUGUAUUAAAUAAGCCAUAAUUCAUGACAUGAUUUAUAUUUGUAUAUAAUGUAAACACUAAUGCACAACCUUGAAUAUCUUGUUUUUAUAAUGUGGCUUAAAUACGAUUGAAUACAUAUUUUAUGUUAUAUACUGUAUAAAUACAAUGUAGUAUGUAUGUAUAUUGUUAAUGUAUUUUAUGUAUAAAAUGCAUCCUUACAGUAAAAAAAAAAAAAAGUGUUACAUAUUGG